UUGUUUCAUAGGGCGGCGUUCAUUUUAAUCAAACAAUCAGAAAACAAAAUGGUGGAGCAAACGAGACCAACUCCAAACACCACCACUCUCCAGGCUGGUCCUGUGGAGCUGAUAGAUGAUGGCACAUUAUCUGACGUGACCACAAGGGAGGCCCGGAUCAUCGGUCGGCAGCUGGCCCGGAUAGGAGACGAGCUAAACCAGCGCUGGGCCCACCGCCUGCCUGACCAACGGCUACUGCAGCCGCUGGACAGAACAAACAUCUUCAUCAGAGCCAGAGUCUACAGGCGUUACUUUCUGACGGAGGGAAGGGGUCUCAGACACGUCUUGGCUCUGGCUAAACUGUGGCUGAAUCCUCUCAUUUACAGCCAGCCUGUCUGGGUGUCCAAUUUAUGUCCUACUGGUCAGCGUUGGACAACAGGUUUGCUGGUGUCCACUGCACUAAUGGCCACGGCAGCUGUCUGCGUUGCACUCUGGGAACUGAAAAAGGACUGAUCUUCGCACAGAUGGGCUAUAAGCUGGCCUUAGCCCACAGAUUGUUUGUUUUGCUUUGGGUUUUUUAUAUAAUGGAAUAUAUUUAAUUGUUUUCUUUCUACAUGGAUAAUUGAAUGGUAUUGAAGAGCUGGCUCAUAACUGUUUUUUAUACGUGUACAUCAUAGAGUGUUUUGAUGUGGCUGUUGCUGGUGCACAGCCUGUUAUAUGAGGGCAAAGUCUGUUGCUAAGUGAAGGACAACGGCUGUGUGUGUGUAUCCCUCCCCCACGCUUGUUAUCAAACAGAAUCAUCUGUUCCAACAUCAGGGAAGCUGGACUUUCAAUUCCAUACUAAUUUAAAUGUGAUUAUAAAACGCAAAUUUAAACUUGUUCAAU